AUGAGGAAUAGAGGUCGCUGGUCGGGGAGCAGUUGUGAGGACGGUGGCCACCACGGUAGUGUAGGCGAGAUUCUUGUGAGGGUAGGAGGUGGCCGAGCAAUCUCCGACUCCGGAACAGGAAGCAAUGACAUCGGAGGAGAGUUUCACUCCAAAAGGAUUUGGAACACCUUCCUCGUCGCCCUCUGCGCCGCCUAUUGCGUCUCCUUCACGUUCACCAACAGCUACCGGGCAGCGUCGGGGCGGCUUUACUACGCCGUGGCGACGCUCAGGGGGAUAUGGGCGUUCAACGGGCGGCGCAAAGGCCCGCCGGAACCCGGCACGUACCGCCUCACCUGGUCGGACCUCUUCCACGCGUCGCUGUCGCUGUCGCUGGUGGCGUUCCUCACGAUAGCGCUGCUUCAUGACGACGUGAUGCGAUGCUACCACAUCGACUUGCCGAGGAAGGUGACGAACACGGGGCCGCUGGUGAUCGGGUUCCUCUUCAGCGUCCUGUUCGUGGUGUUUCCUUCGAGGAGGAGGGGAACCGGCUAUCGUUUCUUGCCGCAGGGCGAUGCCGUGUACUUGAGAAGCUAAGCUUGUUCGAAUCGUUUAGUUCUCUUAUUUUCCUGCUCGACAAGAAUCGAAAGCACUCGAGUCGAUCGGGUCAUCAGCCAAGCAAUAGUCUGCUUACUCUGCUAUCGUUCUUUAGACCGCCACAGGCACCCAAAGAACAAGCAAAAUGAUACCCAACAAAUCAAGCUCAGAAAACCCUUG